AUGAGAACUCCCUUCUGUGAAGACAUAAUGAACGCCCCGAAAGAGCCUAAAGUCAAAACUCCCACCAUUGAAGCUUAUGACGGUACCACCGACCCGGACAUGCACCUAGUUGUAUACCGUCACCACAUGUAUGUUCAAGGAGCCAAUGAGGCCACGUGGUGCAAAUAUUUUCCAGCUACCCUUAAAGGAGUGGCGUCCAAAUGGUUUGAAAGACUGCCCCCAGGAUCAAUUGCGUCCUUUGACGAGCUACAAACCUUGUUCUCCACCAGUGCAUCCAAGGAUGGAAAGACUGGUGAAGCGACGGACUCCUCAGGGAAGAAAGAGAAGAUAGACAGGAAAGUCCCACGAAUAAAUGGUACAUGGGCUCUUUCGAAAGAACAUGAUACCAAUUCUCCCGGACAAAAGAGAGGACGCCCACAAGAAAGAAAAUAUUUUGAUUACAAUACAGACCUUUUCACAAUCCUAGUGGACGUCGGGACUAGGUUCGAUCUCAAACGGCCCUUCCCCAUGAAAUCUCCUGCUGAGAGUCGAGAUCCUAAGCUGUAUUUUCAGUUCCACGAAGAUAUAGGGCAUGACACCAAGGAUUGCAGAAGCCUGAAGAGAGCCUUGGACGACCUAGCCUCCAAGGGGCACCUAAAGAACUACCUGAAAAGAAGCAUUCACGGCACGGGAAAAAAUUAUUACAAGAAAAACAAGUCACCUGUCUUAGAUACAGAAGGAAAUCACAGCGAAGGAGGAUUUGUAGCCGUCAUAUCAGGAGGACCAGCUUCUGGUGGGCCCACCGUGAGGGGACAGAAAGAUUAUGCUUGCCGUCUAGGACAAGUAACGUUAUCAGGAAAAUCACCAGUGGACCCAUUCCCUCGGAUAGAAAUAUGUGAAUCAGACGGCGGACGUGUAGCCACCCCACAUGACGACCCUCUCGUGGUCGAGAUCAAAAUCUCUAACAUGAGAGUAAAACGCAUCUUGAUAGAUACAGGAAGUUCAUCUGAUAUAAUGAGCAUGGAGUGCCUAAGCCGCCUAGCUCACGACCCUAAGACCAUAGAGACCACCCACUACGUACCCUAUCAUUGGCUUUGGAGGAAGCAUCAUACAUCCAAUAGGCGUCAUUAA